AUGUUGAAGCAAAUUGUCUCACUGUUACCACUCUUAAUGAUCUUCCUCAGCUUCCCCACAGGUUUUGCUCAGUCUCCAGCACAAGCUCCCGUUGCUCAGCCUCCAGCACAAGCUCCAGUUGUUCAGCCUCCACCCAAAGCUCCACUGGCACCAGGUCCAGCACCAUCAGGUCCACCCAACAUCACCGCAAUCCUUGAGAAGCCCGGUCAAUUCUCCACCUUAAUUCGCCUACUCAAGACCACAAACAUGGAUAGUGUGAUUACCUCACAGCUCAACGACUCAAGCCAAGGCCUAACCGUGUUUGCCCCAACCGAUAAGGCCUUUGCCAAGCUCUCAGCAGGUUCUCUAAACUCGUACAACAACGAGAAGAAGGCCCGGCUCCUAAAAUUGCAUCUCAUCUCUUCCUUCCUUUCCCAACCUGAGUUCCAAACUGUGAGCAACCCCGUGAACACAGAGGCCGGGAGUACUGGCGAAUACCCGCUAAAUGUAACAGUAUCAGGGAAUGACGUGAAGUUAACAACUGGAAUAGUUAAUACAACAGUAUCCAGCACAAUUUAUUCUGAUGGUCAGCUAGCCGUAUAUCAGGUGGAUAAGGUGCUGCUUUCAUCAAAUUUUUUGGGAACUCCAUCACCUGAACCCGCACCUGCAACUUCAACUGCAUCUACAUCUGCAUCUUCAUCCUCAUCCUCAUCCUCAUCUGAAUCUGCAUCUGCACCUUCCAAGCCCGAUAAAGCGGACCAACCUCCUCCAGUGUCCACUGCCGAUUCCUCAGCUCAAGCUUCUGGUGCAAUGCCAGAGAUUCACAAUGCCCUGAAUGCAAUCCCUGUUGCAGGCUUUCUUAUUGCAGCCUUAUCUGUAUGCCUUUGAGUGGCUUGCUGUUUGAUAUUGAUUGUGCAGUGUGCUCUAUU